CGCGAGCACAUGGCGGCCACCAGUGGAGUAGAAAGUGCAGACAGACGUGGACGUCGGCGACAUACAGACAGGGGUUCAACACGCCGCCGUCGCACCGACGCCUCUCGACCCCACGCUCCGAAGGCGUUCUCGCACCGAUCCGUCGCUCGUCGCCGUCGCCGGCCAACGAGGAGCGUCGACGACCGUCGACGCCGCUUGCCUGCGCCCUCGCUACCCAACAUCAUGUUUGCAGUGUUUCGUCCCUCUUCCUGGCUAGUGCUGGCAGUCUGGCUGGCGGUUGGGGUUACGUCCCAGUUACCGCCCAACCGGAGGCCGCACAUAAUUGUCAUUUUGGCAGAUGACUUGGGUUGGAAUGAUGUUAGCUUCCAUGGGUCUAAUCAGAUCCCAACACCCAACAUAGAUGCCCUUGCCUACAAUGGCGUUAUUCUAAACAAUCACUACGUCCCCGCUCUUUGUACUCCUUCGAGAGCUGCCUUCAUGACUGGGAAAUAUCCCACGCAUACUGGCAUGCAGCAUCUUGUGAUCCUUGCACCUGAACCAUGGGGAUUACCUCUUUCUGAACGUAUAAUGCCACAGCAUUUGAAGAGAGCCGGUUAUGCCACACACGCUAUUGGAAAAUGGCAUCUAGGCUUCUUCCGAAAAGAGUACACCCCAACUUAUCGUGGCUUUGAUUCGCAUUUUGGUUAUUGGAAUGGAUACCAAGAUUAUUAUGAUCACAGCAUGCGGGCAACUGUCGACCCUUACAAGGGUUACGAUAUGAGGCGCAAUAUGAGUAUAGAUUACAGUUCCGCAGGAAAAUACUCCACCCAAUUGUUCACUGAUGAAGCAGUCGACAUAAUAAACAAGCAUAAUCCUCAGCAAGGUCCCUUGUUCAUGUACUUAUCUCAUCUGGCUCCGCAUACUGGAAAUUACGACAAUCCUUUCCAAGCUCCAGAUGAAGAUAUUGCUCGUUUUGGGCAUAUUGAAGAUCCAGAACGACGAGUUUAUGCAGCUAUGGUGUCACGCUUAGAUCAGUCUAUUGGUGAAGUAAUGCAAGCCCUGAGAAAUAAAGGAAUGUUGGAGAAUUCAAUUGUGGUCUUCAUGUCAGAUAAUGGAGCUCCUACAUACGGCAUUCAUUCAAACAGAGGCUCAAAUUGGCCACUGCGUGGACAAAAACACAGUCCCUGGGAAGGAGGUGUUCGAGGCGUGGCAGCAAUCUGGAGCCCCUUGAUCAAAAAUCCUCAACGUGUUUCCAAUCAAAUGAUGCACAUGACAGAUUGGCUACCGACAUUUUACUCUGCUGCUGGUAUGGAUGUCAGAGAAUUAGGACACAUUGAUGGAGUUGAUAUGUGGGCUGCACUUACUGAGAACAAAACAUCCCCUCGCACUGAAGUUCUACACAACAUUGAUGACAAGUACAACUAUGCUGCUCUGACCCGGGGUGAUUGGAAAUAUAUUACAGGAACAACAACUGGCUUAUGGGAUAAUUGGUAUGGUGAAUCUGGGCAUGAUAGUCCUGCAGUUCCAUUCUACCGAUCAGAAUCUGUUCUUCGUUCAAAGACUGGAGUAGUUAUUGCUGGACUUCUCACAAAACUGCAGCUGAAAGAAAAACUGGAAAACAAGCAGAAAGAGGCAGAAAAAAGUAAUCUAACACCAGGCAAGACCCGUUACAACCGCUUGAAGCUCCUGACAGAGUCCAGUAUCUUUUCACUGAGAAAACAAUCUGAAGUCCGAUGCAAAAUCAACCACCCUGCUGACAUAAAAAUGGAAUGUCGGCCUAAAGAAUCCCCGUGUCUAUUCAAUCUUCGUGAUGACCCUUGUGAAACAACCAAUCUGGCAAAUUCACGGCCCCUGGUUCUUUUGAGUUUGGAAGAAAGUCUUCAAAAAUACAGGAGAACAGCUGUUCCUCCAAACAAUGUUCCAGCAGAUCCACGUGCGAAUCCAGCCAACCACAAUGGAACGUGGACAUCUUGGCAAGACCAUAUUUAUGACAGCAAAAUGAAUUCUAUGGACAUUGAAGUGUUCCCAAUGAGGCCAAGUCCCAUAACCAAUCUUCUGGUAUUAAUUGUGUUGUUUACAGUUGUUGUUAUGUUUAUCAUGGUCAUUGUCAUUAGGCUAUUUCAGUCCACAGAAAAAUCUAGAAAACUUUCUGUGUUUGCAAUUUUUCCAGUAAAAGAAUCAGAAGUAUGUGAUCCCAAAAACAAUGUUGUCAAAUGAAUUUUUCAAAAUCAUAUUCCAAAACAUUAAUGAUAGGGUAAAUAUUCUCAAGUAAAUGUGAUACUCUUGUACUGAACCACAUUUUCCUGUUAGGUUCUGUACUAUUCAGUUUCUAAACAUUCAUAAAAAUAAUCAGUACAUAUCAUGAAAACAUAGUAUUGUUUAUUGGCAUGUAAAUAAGAGUUUCAUUGCCAAUUUCACCUCAUGACCUCAUCAUGUUUUAGUUUGAGUGUAGACUCAUGACAUUGACCAAACCUACUGUAAAUACAAGUAUGUUGUGCGCGGAUUGUUAGUUUCUUAGUUGAAAAUGAGGCCACAUGUAUGAAUGAUUUUCCUUGUGAAUGGGAGAUUGUUAGAGUAAACACAACUAGUUUGUUUUAUAUUGAAUGUAUGUAUUAUGUGUCUCUAAUGUUGACUAUGUUUUAAGAAUGCUUUGUGCCUGCAAUAUUCUGUGUCAUAAACUAAAAAAGACACUGAAAUAUGAGUUGAUGGAUAUGCAGUAAAAGUUAAAUGUACAUAUCUGUCAUGCGCAGGGACAUGUAGCUGUAUCUUUGUUAUUAGUUAAAUAAGUGUAGGUUUAGAAGUAGUAAUAAUGAGUUAUCACAUGACAACUGAUCAAUAAUCUAUUGCUUUGUGGACUGUCACAUCACUGUUAAUUCCUGCUUUUUUAAACGAGACACAUCCUAUGAGUGUGGAGUGAUUAUCUUUGUUCCUGUAUUUAUUAUCUCCAAAUUUCACUCUACAGUAUUCAAAGUGUCUCAUAUGCACCAUCUAAGACAGCAUGCAGGCUUCACACCACAAAGAUUUGUGAUAUUCAUUCUGAGACUGAAUAAAUUCUAUUACUUUUCCACUUUGAA